CUGCUGAUCAACGCACUCAGAAAACGUUCUCUCUGAGAAGGAAGUUUUGAAGGUAGGUAGGCGCCAAGUACUAGUGAACCCAAAGGAGAUUAGGUAGGUUGGCCGUUGGUUGCCUCCUAGUUCGUGCCUUAUCUUCAAAGAGCAGGAGGCAGCCGGUUGGGUCGCUUAGACUGCGGUUAGGAGACCUUUGGGUGCCCUCCUGUAGAAACGGUGCAAGAGUCCCUUCGUAUGCUGGUCGUGUCUGAUGGCGAUGGAGAUGCCUCCAGCGUCCGGGACAAUUCUGCCAUUGCAGGCAGGAUCGAAGCUGCUCCGGCAGUGGAUAUUGACUGCACUUUCAGAGAGAUUGAAGGGCCCCUCAACCCAGUACAACCAGCUGAUUGGAGAGGCUGAAAAGAUACGGGAGGAUGUGGCUGUCUUGAAGGUCCUGUCUCAGAGCGUGUCCCACUUGGACGAGCGUGCGCAUGAGGCGCUCCUGCUGAAGGUCUUCGGGGGCAGCCUAUGGAUCUCAGCAGACGAGGCUAACGCAGCACUGCUGGACUUUGCGAUUAAUCUGGCGUCUGCCAACACGGCGGGCUGCCUGCCCCUCUGCCUCGACAUGCUCGUGCGUAACUUCCUCCCGCCCGCGCUCCAGCCAGGGGCGCGGGUCACGUCAGACGUGCUGGAAGCGCAGGUUGCGAGGAAAGAGGCGGUGCUUGGGGCGGUGCAUAAGACCCUGGAGCGGCUGAUGGAUCUGGUGCCGAUUGCAACGUCUCGGCUGCAGCCGAUUGUGCUGCGGAGGAUGCCGCACAAGCGCCUGGACCGAGAGGUUCAGGGCAACUACAUGGAGAGCAUGUUUCGGCUGGCCGACGGCAAGAAGGGGGAUCUGCUUCGAGACAAGCUUCUGACUGCUGUGGUGGAUCACCUCAUCGAAGUCGACGUGGAGAUCAAGUGGGAGGACAUUCUGGAAAAGGAGCGUGAGGCCGAUUCAGACGACGAGGACGAUUUGCACUUUGAUGUGGACCUGGACGAGCACGGGGACGACGCUAUGCGAAAAGAGCACCCGCCUGCGCGAACCAAGGAGCCGCCCCCGCUAGACGAAACGGCGGACAAGAUGGACGCGCUAAUGUGCCUCACGUUCGAGCACCUGCAGCGGCAGGCGGCGCACGGUCGGCUCGACGAGACGUUCGAGACGCUGCUGCACUCGUUCCAGACGACGAUCCUACAUACAUACCGAUCCAAGUUCACGCAGUUCCUGCUGUUCUACCUGUGCUCGCUGGACCCUCCCCGGUUAAGUGCCGCCUUUGCAGACCUCCUGGUGGCCACGGUCGCCGCUCCCUCCAACUCGUACAAAACCAGGAUGGCAGGAGCGGCUUAUCUGGCCAGCUUCCUGGCCCGCGCCGACUAUGUGCCCCUCUCAGUCGUGUCAAGCUCCCUACGAAGGCUUUCGGACUGGGCCGUUUCGUACGUCCGCAUGCUGGCAUCAUCCCGCGUCGGCGACCUCCUUAUGGCAAACCCGGACAGUCUCCCGCCAGGCGCGGGCGUGCACGGCGUCUUCUACUCGGCCUGCCAGGCCAUCUUUUACAUUCUGUGCUACCGGAUGGAGGCCCUCAGCAAGGACCCCGUGCUGAGCAAGGCCUUGCAACAGAUGCCGCUGCGCGAGAUCGUGCACCACGCGUUGAACCCAAUGAAGGUGUGCUUGCCUGCGGUCGUGAAGGAGUUUUGCGCCCAGGCCGCGGCUUUCGACCUGCUAGACUGCUCGGACGUCCUGCAGCGCAACGAGCGGUCCGAGGGGCGACCGGGGGCGGUGCGCCACAACAAGCUCGACAUGUUCUUCCCGUUCGAUCCCUACCUGCUGCCCGCGUCCCUCAAAUUCGUGGAGCAACAUUACAACGAGUGGAAGCCUCGAGGCGCGCCACAAGACGAGGACGAAGAGGAAGAGGACGACGACGAAGGCUUCCAGGAGACCUGUUCGUCUGAGCGGGGCGAUCACGGGGACGCAGAACGAAGUGACGAGGAGGAGUAUACGCAUAUGGGCGCGAAAAGCAUGGAUGUUGGAAGGACACCGGAUAGUAAUGCGGCAACUAAAAUGACGGAAGGGGUAAAGGCGAGCGGUACGGGGUUGGUGUGGGGUAGCUAUAGUAGUGGCGGCCAAAGCGACAUAGCUAUGUCGCAGGGGUGCACGCCGAUGUUGUAUACGCAAAUGAGCUCGCUCAAGCAACUGCCUGCUAUCUUAGAUACUGGACUGGAGUAUGCGAAAGCAAGGUAGUACUUAUAGGGGUUGGCAAGGAUCAGCAAAUCUUAUCGACAGCGAACUCCAUACUGUAGGAUAGAAUCGCUUUAGGUCUUCUGACUAUCCGAGGGGGAAUUCAUGUAAAUAAUAGCUUGGCCGUUGGUAACGUCUCACAGGUCUUUCUUCGAUUCAGUGACUGGCUUUCGAUCUCACCUGUGCUGUUGUGCAGUGCUACUUUGGUCCCGCAUAAAGCUGAGCACUAACUCAUACGACCAUCUUGACUCGCCCAAAUUAAUUUAUCAAUUUAAUUAAUUACAAAUAGAUGUAUGUGUCGG